CUAUAUUAAAGUUUUAGGCUAGUGUGAUAAAAAAUUUAAACAUCAAUAUGCUGAUGAGUUCGGUGCACCGGUAGCUCUAGAAUGAGCUUCUGACAAAGUGUAGCUGCAUAUGGAUAUAUUCAGCCGGUGCAACGACGCCGAUGUCGUUGUAAACGUGCCAGUCGUAACCACAUCCAAUUCUACAACGACAAAAUCAGUAAAUUUACAUUCUUCUGUGAUUGCCGCUCACAUUGAUGAACGCGCGACACAAGUUCAAGUGACGGCAUCCGCCGUUAGCAGUUUGAAUACCACCAUUAAUAACGUUUCGACAGCAACAGCCGAAAUAAAAACGACACAGUUAAAGAUGCAGUUGACUGGAGCCCCGGCACUAGGAAAUGCCGCCUCGCCUGAAAGUGGUGUAUCACCUCUCGCCGAUGCCUAUACAAAGAUGACAAGCGAUAUUUUCGCGGAAAGGACGCUAGGUGACUACAUGAGUGAGCAUCCUGGAGAGUUGGUUAGAACCGGCUCACCACAUCUUGUAUGUACUGUAUUACCAGCACAUUGGAGAUCUAAUAAAACUCUACCAGUUGCAUUUAAAGUUGUGGCACUAGGUGAAGUUGUUGAUAAUACUGUCGUUACUGUUCGAGCUGGCAAUGAUGAGAACUGCUGUGCAGAAUUGCGAAAUUCCACAGCUGUUAUGAAAAAUCAAGUUGCCAAAUUUAACGAUCUCAGGUUCGUCGGUAGAAGUGGCAGAGGUAAGAGUUUCACGCUUACAAUAACAGUAUCUACAACACCACCCCAGGUUGCAACUUAUGCUAAGGCCAUUAAAGUGACAGUAGAUGGGCCUAGAGAGCCCCGAUCCAAGACCAGUGAGUAUCACUGGCAACAGCAACCUUUUCACGCAUUCGCCUUCGCUUCGCAACGCGGUGGUCCGUUCUUCACCUCACCGUUAGUGGAUCCCUUGCAGCCUCUGCCAAAUCCACUACAGCCGUUGCCAAAUCCACUUCAAUCAAGAGAUCCGCUAUCCUCCUUUCGACAUGCAAUGCCUGGUAACUGUCAGAAUAUGCCGCAAUUUGGUUUGGCAGCGAGCAAUUCUUGGAGCUAUGGUAGUACUGCCGGUUACACAGGUUAUCUACCAGGGCCCCUGUCUUCGUGCGCAGCCCAGACACCAUUCGUACCGCCACCACCACCACCGCCUGCUUCCAGUACAAAUUCAGUGCUGGCAACAUUUAACGCUCCUACAGUACCUGAUUCGAUAGCAGGUGCCAGUGCACUAAACGUUGGUAAUGCUAAUGUCACUAACAACAACACUACCAACCAACAAGAUGCAUUCUCCAGUGUUUCGUCGCUUCCAGACACAACAACACCUGGCAGUCAAACUGAUCCGUUAGACCAUUUACAUAAUCUAAUGUCAAGUACAAACACGACACAGAGGUACCAAGAUUACGUUUCACCACGAUCCCUCUCCGCAGAUUCUAGUGCUACCGAAAGCCCAGUUCAUGAUCAGGAACAAUCCUUCGGACAGAAUUGUUCAACGAGUAAUUACUUUCCUCCACCCAGCGUCUUCCCAACAAUCCUGUAUUCUCAACUUUACAAUAACCAGUUUCAAAAUACGGAGUCUCAAGAACAAAAUCAACACCGAGCAUUAGCCGACGUCAGUUGUAGCGUUCGUAUUCAGGAGGAGGUGAGAACAGAUAAUAAUGUUUGGAGACCAUAUUGAAACACAUCCGAUUUUCAAUGAGAUCUAGGCAUCUGCGUAAGUGGUGGUAGAUAAUGAUGAAGAAAAUAUGUAAGAAAUAGAAAUAAAAAAUAAUAAUGAAUAUAUGAUUGAAGAUAAAUUAUACGAUAACUUCUGUCAAUUUUAUGAGGACUGAAAAUGUGCAGUAUCUUGUUAUAUUAUGGAUUGUCAUAUCAUUGGAAAUUUCCAGCGAUUCUUAAUAAUAUCGAUACAACAAUUCAUUCAUUUAACUUUUUAUUA